AUGUUAAAACCUUCAAAAUUAUUACAUUUUGGAAGUGAUGGCGAUAGUAAAAUAAUAGGAGUUCGAAAUGGUAUUGCUACAAAACUUAAAAAGUUAAAUCCUUUUAUGAGUAAUUGUUAUUGUAUUGCUUAUCGAUUAGCUUUAGCAGGAAAAGAUUCAGCAAAAGAUGUACCUUAUUUUCUUGAUUAUGAAAUUACAAUUAAAGAACUUUAUGCAUAUUUUGCUAAUUCUCAUAGUCGAUGGCAAAAUCUUCAAAUAUUUCAAGCACAAAAUGAAAAAUCUCUAGAAUUAGCAAUUUUGCAAGUUGUUUCAACUCGAUGGCUUUCUUUAUCUAAUUCUGUAUCAAAUUUGUAUCAGAUAAUCUUUUUUGUAAUAGAUGUACUUCAAAAUGAUGUAAUAAAUAAUUCUACAGCUAAAUCACAACAACCUUUUUCAGAUAUUCAUCAAGAGUUAAACAAAACAAUUCAUUCUAUUACUAUUGAAUUUAUUAGAUAUCCUGAUGAAAAUAUUGAACCAACAUUAGGAACACAUUUACAUGAUUAUUUAUUAUAUAAUGCUAUGCGUAUUUUUGAUUUUAAACAAGUUCCAACAACAAUACAACAAAUAAGUAGUUUUGGAGAAGAAGAAAUUGCAUAUCUUGCAGAAUAUUCUG